AUGGAGGAGUACGCUCGCGAGCCUUGCCCUUGGCGAAUUGUGGAUGACUGCGGUGGAGCCUUUACCAUGGGUGUCAUCGGCGGCGGAGUCUUUCAAGCCAUCAAAGGCUUCCGCAAUGCCCCCAUCGGGUUACCUCGGAUGUUCCUGGGAACACUAGGCCUCGGUCCCCCUGCAGGUAGCUUUGCAGUCUGGGGUGGCCUGUUCUCCACGAUCGACUGUGGCUUGGUGCGACUGCGAGGCAAGGAGGAUCCCUGGAACUCCAUCACAAGUGGAGCACUGACUGGUGCUGUGCUGGCAGCCCGCAGUGGCCCACUGGCCAUGGUGGGCUCGGCCAUGAUGGGGGGCAUCCUUUUGGCCCUCAUCGAGGGUGUCGGCAUCCUCCUCACUCGCUACACUGCGCAGCAGUUCCGCAAUGCACCCCCAUUCCUGGAGGACCCCAGCCAGCUGAACCCAAAGGAGGGUGCCCCAGCCCCAGGCUAUCCCAGCUACCAGCAAUACCACUGA